UAUCGGCACACAAAUGCUACCCAUGGCGCAAAACGAUUGCUUUCUAAGCAUGAGUCAAGAUUAUCUCAUCUGUACGACCAUACACAAAGCGCGACAGUUGGGAGUUUUCACAGGCGAGACCUUCGUACGCAUUACGCUCGACAAAGCGCAUAGGACGACCAAGCCUUACGCGCGCUCCGAAAACCCCUACUACAAUGAGUAUUUCGUCUUCGAAAUCCGCUGCACGCUUACGGAGCUCUUGCGUUUAACAGUGCUGUACGAAGUACGUAAGCGGAAUGCCUGCAAGAAAACCAUGUCACAUGGUGAAUUACUGAUAGAUCUGCAGAGUGUUUGGAAUCAACCGAAUCGUUGUUUUUUCAAAAAGUGGGGUCGACUUGAGGCCUCCAUUGCCGACGUUUCCAAUAACACACCGGGUGCAUGUAAGGGUUAUCUGCAGAUCGACUUGGCGAUCGUGACACAAAACUCCGAUCCCAAUACUGUACUGAGACCACACGAAGAUAUGCUCGAGUUGAAUCGGUGGCAAAUUAAUCAAGACUAUGAUAAUAUCGAGCGCAAUAUGCUACAAAACGCAGAUAAUUCCAUGCAGUGCAAUAUCCGUUAUAAUGUCACACUCUAUAAGGCAGUGCUGACCAAGAAGAGUGACUAUCUCAUACAAGUAUCCUUUGCUGGCAACCAUGGCAAGACAAAUGUUUGCAAGGCCACUACUCAACCGGAGUGGAACUACUCGGUGUGCUUCUCAUGGACCUAUCCAUCCCUAUCACAAACCUUUGUCGUACAAAUCCUUUCACACGAGCACCUACAAUGGAAGGCAAUCGCUGACUAUGAGAUACAUUUCGAUGAGAUCGCUUUUAAAGAUAAGCCAGCCUUAGGUCCCACUUAUGUACAUUUUUAUGAUAUAUCAAAUCCAUUGCAAUAUCUGGGACGUCUUUUGGUGGAAGUCGAUUCGGAGUGUCUCCCAGCCGGUCCGGCACGUGAUCUCUUGACGAAACCUGUUGCGCCGUUAGACGAGAAACGUUGGUGGCAAGAAGAGACAUUUCUGGUAGAAUUUCUACCAUUACAGGGUGACUUCCUGCACGGCAAUUUAAGUAACUGCAAAAUUACUAUGAAAUUGGCAGAGAAUUCCUCCAACUAUGUGGAGUGCUUUCUAAAAAGUUAUCCGGGCAAACAUAACAAUACUGGCACCAGUUUAAAAUAUUUUCGACAGGAAUCACCAUAUAAAGCAGUCUAUCUCAAAAUCACAAUGCCCGACAAUCGCUACAAGUUCGAUAGCGAUUAUUAUAUGCAAGAAAUUCUGGACUUAAUAGAAUCUGAGCUCGCCACUUUCAAACUCUUCCAAAUCAAAUACACCAAUCAGUUUGUGCUGCAAGCCAAGUGUUUCAAGGCCAUCAUAAUGAACUUGCAGAGUAAGCUGAAAGAAGGUGCCGAAGAUAAGCGACUGGAAUACACAGGCUUUAAAGAGACCACCAUGUGGGAUGCCAAUCGAUUGGUCUAUGUUAAUUCCUUUUUUGAAAAGUUCCCUGAAAAGUUACGCGCUAUGCGUCACAAGCUCAAGACAGCACCCGCUCCUCUCAUCGAGCCUACCAUUGCUGAAGUCGUCAAUCAAAUGGUUUUACAUUCCAACGAGCUCAAGAGUCUUUUGGCCACCACACGCCUACAGGAUGAAUGGCCAACACUUUUGAUUAUGCUCAGUGUAUCGGGAAGGAAUGAUAUUGCGGUGUGUCGUUUGAAUGCCAAGUACUUUUUGAAUGCGCCUCGAGAUAAGUCAGCGAGUCCGAAUAGUUUGUGCUGGCGCACCCGGAACUUCAUUUUUAAGGACAUUCAAUGUCAGCAUAGCUGCAUCAACUGUGGCUGCAAUGUCGGCGUUAUACAAGGCUCUCUUGGUAUUGUGGUGGAUAGUGAACGUACCGAAUACCUGGCCUCCAUAACCAAUGAUUGGAAACAAACUGAAUUGUACUAUUGGUCCCCAAUAAUCCACUAUACGGUUUAUAAAUGUCGCAUUUUCAUACAUCAAGCCAAGAUACGUCCGGGCAGCGACUCAAGUGGUCUCUGUGACGGCUAUUUACGCGUCAUAUUCGGUUCACAGUGGGCGCAAACAUCUACUGAAGAGUCCACACUCUCGCCAAUAUGGAAUUGUGUGAUCUGCUUUGAUAUGGUCGUAUUUCCCGGCAGUCUACAGUGGUAUCUGAAGAAUCCACCACUUGUAGCAGUCGAGUUGUACGAUCGUGAUCGCUUAACUGCCAACGAUUAUGUGGGUUGUGGUACUGUGCCGGUGUCGGUAAUUAGUAUGAAAGCGGCCGAUGAUAGUGCGCGUGAAGAACCUGAGAGUAGACUCAAGCCAAAUAAAAUGGUGAAGACACGUACUGCCAUGCAGAAGUAUCACAAAUUGAAGGUUAUUUCGCCGCCACCACUAACUUGGGUGCCAAUUGCUCAGCACGGCAGUGUGAGAGCUGAGGUGUUGAUGUCUGCGGAGCUUGUUGAAACCACCGAAGAAAUCGGUAAAAUGGAAAUGCCAGAUCCAACUAUAACAAUGAAUAUACCGACGAGCAUAAAACCGAUUAUGAAAAACUUUGUACUGGAGGUGGUAUUCAUUGGGUUUAGAAACUACACCAAAACGACUUUUGGUGGCCGACAUCGUAUUAAGGUCAUGAUGGGUGAUCUUCUGCUGACAAGUGGCUUGUCUUCGACGCGCUUGAAGAACAGCAUAAACUUCUUGGUCAUAUUCGCAUCUGGAGUUGUCAGUCUUCCUGAACAACUCGAAUACUGGCCCGCUAUCAUAGCCACCGAUGUGUCCGUUUCGUCUAAAGGCGCUGAAACCACAUUGGGCGCAGUUUUGAUACCAGACUCGAAACGUUUUUUACAAGUAGACAAAACCGUGAAAUGUGUACCGGCUACUCCGGGUGAAGAAGGUACCACAAUGUUGCAGAUUGGUGAGUUGGAAGACAGCGAAACUCAGCCAUUACUGCAUAGAGAUAAACCGACUUUAUUCCAACGAACUUUGGGCGUUUUCAAAAGAUCUCAAGAUCCCGCUAAACUGCCGCCCAUCGAUAACACGGACUUAACGCAAAUAAUCGAUGAGGCGCAGUACAGUUGGUGGACAAAAUAUUACAAUUCCAUAUACACAUAUCAAGAAACUGGCGAUCUCUCGCAUUUGUAUAAACAUAGCCUGGUAAUCUACCCAAACGAGUUGGAGCGCCAAGCCGAACUUGGUUAUUUACAUGACUGGGCCGAGCCGGUGAAGCUGGUGCAUGGCGUAAAGUACAAAAAGAACUCCAUGCCGAAAGAGGAAACCUAUGCCACGCUGAAAUUAAAUAUUAAACUUGUGCCUUGCAAAUGUGGUGCAAACGAUGGUGGCGACGGCAUUAUGUUGCGGCCACUCGCGGCGGCACUAAAUCCACGCUAUCAAGCUGAGCUCCAUACAUUGACCGAUCUAACAAAGAUCAUUGUACGCGUUUAUGUGAUACAGGGUGUACAAUUGCGGCCGCAUGAUAAAAAUUCUAAAUCGGAUGCUUAUGUGAGAUUGCACUUAGGCGGCAAAACGGUGGCCAAUCGUGCACAUUACGUGCCCAACGAGAGUAAUCCGGUGUUCGGAAAAUGUUUUCAACUGGACGCUGUGUUACCGAGAGACAAUAUGUUGGAGGUCUCUGUCUUCGACCGAAAUUUAUUUACCGACGACUAUAUCGGUUCCACUUAUAUAGAUUUGGAAGAUCGCUGGCGUACCAAACAUCACGCAGCUGUGGGCAUAUCGAAGGAAUAUUCAAAAAGCGGCUACAACAAAUGGCGUAAUAUUGCCACACCUUUCGAAAUACUUUCAGAGCUUUGUUCCCAGCGCGAUUUACCGCCACCGAAAUUCCUUGAACAACGCAUUGAGGUGGAUGGUGUGAAGUUUAAGGACGAAACGAGACUUGCGUUGGGCGAGGAGUUACAGGAGCGUCUAAGCCUAACAGCUCUACAUCAUUUGGAUCAGCUACCAUCCUUCGGCUACAAGUUGGUGCCAGAGCAUGUUGAAACAAGGACAUUGUAUCGACGCGAUUGUCCCGGUAUAGAACAGGGCAAAAUUCAACUAUGGGUUGAGCUCUACGAGGGUAACUUAAAUAUACCGCCACCCAUUGAUAUCACGCCGCAUCCACCGCAAACUUACGAAUUGCGUGUGGUCGUCUACGGUUGUGCUGACAUAACGUUGGAUGAACGCAAUAUAUUUGGCAAAAAGAUGAGCGAUAUCGGCGUGAAAGGCUGGUGCGCGGAUAAGGAACAAUCGCAGGCCACCGAUAUCCAUUACCGUUCGUUCAACGGUGAGGCCACUUUUAAUUGGCGCAUGCUCUUCCCCAUCAAAUACUCCGCCAAUGAGGAUAUGAUGGUGAUCAAAGUCAAAAGUGGCGUACUCAACGAAUAUGAAGUAAAGCAUCCGCCUAUUUUAUACCUUCAAGUCUGGGACAAUGAUUUCAUCACGAAGAAUGAAUUUCUCGGUAUGCUCGAAUUGAAUUUGUCGAACUUUCCUGAACCGUGCACGAAUCGGCGCUUUUGCACACUCACCAAUGAGUUUGGUGGUAUUAAAUUACCCGAACCACUGGCUCGUUUACAUGCCAUAGCACAGCGUCGCCGUCCGCCGGUCAAUUUGUUCGCCAAGAAGCGUGUACGCGGUUGGUUUCCAUUGCAUGGACAGAUCGAUCAGAUGUCCAAGGAUAAGCGACUCAAGGAGCAGAUGCGCUCGCAAACCGGUAAAAUCGAAGUCGAAUUGGAAAUUCUUACCGAGGCGGAAGCAGCUGCGAAUCCGGUUGGUGUAGGUCGCAAUCCUCCAAACGCGCUAGCCAAUCCGUCGCGCCCCGACACCUCUUUUAAUCCAUUCACAAAUCCCUUGAAAGCUUUCCAAAAAAUCCUGCUUCCCGUGAUUGUCAAAGGUCUCAUCAUACUUGGCGUAAGCGCCCUUGUUAUUCUGAUUCUUGUGCAGUUCUUCUCAAACCUUCCGUAUAAAUUAUUGGGUUUGCGUUGAGUUGAUCACUUAUUGUUU